GCAGCCUCACUGCUGGGCGGUGACAAGUCUAACAAGUCCUGCUUGCCCCAGCUAGCAUGUUUGAUUUAUGAUGCGGAGAUGGACCUGGGGGACACGAACAUAUCUUCACCCUCGGAGUCGCACUUUUGCGACCACAUCUGCGACCAUGGCCAGGACAUACGCAGUAUGUACCGCGACCGAAAACUCGUCGCAUUGAUGUUGAUUGACUCGUCUCUAGGACGCUGUAGCGUCGCUGAAUACCCUGCAAAGCAACUUUGCCAUCGUUGAUGCAAUCCGAAAGUCUGGGCGAAAGAUGAACGAGCAAGCCAUCCCCGAGAUGAUCGAGUGGCUGCGAAGAAUCGGGUACCAACCUUCUGACCUCAAUACACUUAGAGCGCUCCACAUAGCUGGGACCAAAGGGAAAGGGUCUACAUCCGCCUUCGUUUCCUCAAUCCUCACGCAAUUCGUUGGGGUAGAGGGAUCACCUUCUCUGUCAAAAGUUGGCUUGUACACUUCACCACAUCUUCGCUUCGUGCGAGAAAGAAUACAGAUCAAUGGAGAGCCCUUGUCGGAACAUCAGUUCGCAAAGUACUUUUAUGAAGUAUGGGACAGGCUCGAAGCGGCUGCACAAGCAGCAGGUGAAGACCCAGCUUCACCAGCAGCAAAGCCGGUCUACUUCAGAUUCCUGACUUUGAUGGCUUUCCACACAUAUGUGAGCGAAAAGGUCGAUGCUGCCGUUAUCGAAUGCGGAAUCGGUGGCGCAUACGACAGCACAAACAUCAUCGAGACUCCCGUAGUAACUGGAAUCACCAGUUUGGGGAUCGACCACGUCGCCGUGCUUGGCUCCACGAUAGGAGAAAUCGCAUGGCACAAGGCUGGCAUCAUGAAACCGGGUGUGAAGUGUUUCACGGUCAGUAGCCAGUUGCCCGACGCGAAGAAUGUCCUUGAGCAGGUAGCCCACGAGAAGGGCAGUCAGCUUGAAUACGUUGAAGUUGAUCCUGCAAUCGCCAGUGGCGAGACGAUCCUUGGACUCAAAGCGGACUUUCAGAAAAUCAAUGCAAGCCUAGCCGUCGCAGUUGCUAAGGAAUGGCUGCAGAAACAAGGGUUCGCCGAGGGUGAUAGCCUUGAGCAAAGGGUUAAGCUUGGUCUGGAAAGAGUCCAUCUGGCAGGUCGGUGCGACACACGUCAUGAGCCAGGAAUACGAUGGUGUAUUGAUGGAGGGCAUACCCUUGAAAGCAUCGAGCUUGCUGGGAAAUGGUUUGCCUCUCAGCUCGCAACUCUCGGCUCUGAUGGUGUGCAGCAGGGAUCUCUUCCGCAACCUCGCUUCUUGAUCUUUAAUCAACAGACUCGCGAUGCUGAUGCCUUAGCCAAGGCGCUUUUCGAUACCCUCUCUACAGCCCUCGAAGAUGUUCACCCUUUUACUCAUGCAGUCUUUUGUACAAACACUACCUUCAAAGAGACGGGCUUCCGACCUGAUCUCGUCUCUGUCAACACAAACGCAUCAGACGUUACUGCGCUUAAAGUUCAAAAUCAUCUCGCGGAGACCUGGGAGCAUCUUGACCCCAGCACGCAUGUGGAUGUCGUACCCACGAUCGAGGAAGCUGUGUCCUUGGUGAGAAAUUUUGCUGCGACUCAGAAAACUCUUGAGCAAGGCAACAAGAACCACGUCACUGCCCUGGUCACAGGAAGUCUUCACCUUGUCGGCGGCUUCCUUGAAGUCUUCGAAAGCACCAGUAAUAACACGACCUAAUUGCUUCACUUUACUAUUCACUUUCUGAAUCAUCAACUGAUGGACAUGAAAUUCAAGAUAUAGACUUCAAAAGUAUACGCCCUCAUCGGCUAUUGAAAGCUAAAUUUAAGACCUAUUCAUCUCUCUGUCUUUAUGUAUAUACGAUGCAAGCUAUGGCUCACGGUAAAAAACACCGUUUCCAAGGAGUACGAAUCAUGUAUCCAUCCCUUCCGUCGCGCGUUAAAUCACAACCCGAGUCGUUACCUCCUCUCCCCUCAAAUUUAACAGCAAUGUCGUCUUAUUAUCGAGUCUAGCGAAGAAGAACAACAUAUAUUGGCAUACUGAUGGGGAUAGACUCUAUCGCAAUGGCGCAGACUUCUGUCUAGCACGAAUUUUCAUGGAGGACAGGGCACAGGGAGA